GCAGUGCUGCCCUAGCGUCCAGCCGGCCCCUAGCCUGUCACGGGAGCCGAGAGCGGGUGGGCAGGGGCUGCUGGAGUAGGGGACCCGCUUCCCGGAGGAGGGGGACCUGCCAGACGCGGAGCUGGCGUGGCUGAAUGGAAGGCAGAGAUCGGGCCUGUCCUGCCCGAGUGGAGGCUCGGCCUGUGGGUUCUGGCCUCAGCCUUGACGCCACACCCUGCCUCCUGGGCUUUUGGCUAUUUCACAACUGGCGCCUAGGCCCCAGGAGAGGAUGUGGCAAGUGACUGGCCCUAGCUUAGAAGGUGCCUUCCGAUAACCUGUCUUCCAGCAUAAGGGGACGGCGGCACUUGGUCACAUAGAACCUUCUGGAACACGCCAUUGGUGGCGCUCCUGACAGGUCCCGUCACAGUGAGGACCCAAGGCGCACCCUCUGUUCUGAACCCUGACAUUUUGUCGCCUGUGCUGUUGGACGCCCCUGCUCCCGAGGCUGAGGCUAGGAAGCCCGUUGUAUUUCCUUGCAAACAUGUUUCUCUGUCAAAAAUGCUAGGUUGUUUUCGAUCUUGGUUGCUUUGUGUACACCCUGUGGAAGAGGGGUUUGAGUGUUUUCAACCCUGACUUGGCGUCCACUGUAGUGUUGAGCGCCCCUGUUCCCAACAGGCGAGGAAGCCAGUUGCAUUUCCAUAGAAACGUUUCUCUGUCAAAAUUACUGCAUUGUUUCCAUAUGUACACUCUGGGGAAGAGUGGUUUGAGUGAGUCUGCUUUCAAGUCAACGUAAGCAGACUCUGGAGAAAUAGUUUAGGACCAUUAAUCCCAGUGGUUUGUACAUUUAAUUUUCAAAAAGUUUUGAAAAGUGUAUAAAGAAGGAUGGCAGUGGCCCCUCAUAUAUGCCACACAUAUGCUUGGAAGGUCCAUGUAAACCAGGGAAACAUGCCACCCUUUGAGGCUCACAUGUAGCAAUACCACCUCAUCUGACAUCUCUGAGAAUGACGGGUCCCAUGUAGGAACUGUCUACAUAGAACUUCACUGUCUAAGGUCAAGUUUAAACCUUGAAAUGCUAAAUCUAAGUGCUAAAUGCUGAAAGCUAAUGCUAAAAUGUUUGCAUAUGUCCUUCCUCUCAUGUUUUGCAUAUGCCCUUGCUCUCUGUGUGAGGCUGAAUACUGGUCCAAAGAUUGCCCCAUCCUAAUCCCCAGAACCUGGGACUGUUACCUCAUGUAGCGAAAGAGAUUUUGCAGAGAUAGAGGCAGGAGAAGUAGACGGCAGAGGAGAAGGCCAUGUGAUGAUGGAAGCACAGUUAGAAGAUGCUGCACUGCUGGCUUUGAAGCUGGAGGAAGAGGGCACGAGCCAAAGAUUGCAGGCACCUCUAAAAACUGGAAAGGGCAAGGAAAUGGAUUCUCCCCUGGAACCUCCAGAAGGAACCCACCCUGUGUCAAGCUAGGGAUGCGGUCCAUCCCCAUUGCCACCGCCUGUACCAUUUACCAUAAGUUCUUCUGUGAGAUCAACCUGGAUGCCUACGACCCCUACUUGGUGGCCAUGUCUUCUCUCUACUUGGCCGGCAAAGUGGAGGAACAGCACCUGCGCACACGUGACAUCAUCAACGUUUCCAACAGAUACUUCCACCCGGGCAGUGACCCCUUGGAGCUGGACUCGCGCUUCUGGGAGAUCCGGGACAGCAUCGUACAGUGUGAACUACUCGUGCUGCGGGUCCUGCGUUUCCAGGUCUCCUUCCAGCACCCGCACAAGUACCUGCUCCAUUACCUGGUCUCGCUCAAGAACUGGCUGAACCGUUACAGCUGGCAGCGGACCCCUGUCUCCGUCACUGCCUGGGCCUUGCUACAGGACAGCUACCACGGGGGGCUAUGCCUCCGCUUCCGAGCUCAGCACAUAGCUGUGGCAGUAAUCCACCUGGCCCUGCAAGCCUAUGGGGUCGAAGUGCCUGCUGAGGCCGAGGCCGAGAAGCCAUGGUGGCAGCUCAUUGUCCCUCCUCGUCCUGGAAUGAGAUUCCAUGUGUUUAGUGAAGACCUUACCAAGCCAACCAUUGAUAACAUUGUGUCUGAUCUCAUUCAGAUUUAUACCAUGGACACAGAGAUCCCCUAGAGUCCUGGUCCAGGCCUCCCCAAAGAGAAGCCCGGGACGCUUGGCGGCCUGGGGACGGCACCGCCACAGGGCCGUGAAGGCCAGCCCCCAGAGGACCAGCUGGGAGGGCUGGUGAAGGCAAUGACUGUCCCCAGCAGCCGUGGUCGGGACAGUGACGGGAGUCACGCCUUCAGCGGGCAGGCUGAGAGUGUACCAAGUGGGGCAGCUCAAGGCCAGUCGCUGCAUCAACAUUUGUGCUUUGAGAGGACCUGACUGCCAUUGAAGAGUGAUGUCAUUGGCAGGAAAAUCUAAGAAGCUAUGGGACUGCACCCCUGGGGAUUUUUUAAAAGCCAGAUUUAUAGAAAAUAUGAAUGAAUGUUCAACAUAGAUGAAAUUUUAUUUUGUGUAAUAAAAGAUGAUAGAAAUCAA